AACAAAAAACCAUCACGAAGCCACGAAAAAAGAGCGUAGCGUCUUGAUAAACGCCGCUCUUCUUCUCUCGAGUUUUCUCGCCGUUCAUCGGAUUUCCUUGUUGCGAAAAUGAGAGAGUGCAUUUCGAUCCACAUCGGUCAGGCUGGUAUCCAGGUCGGAAACGCCUGCUGGGAGCUUUACUGUCUCGAGCAUGGCAUUCAGCCGGAUGGCCAGAUGCCGAGUGACAAAACUGUCGGAGGAGGUGAUGAUGCUUUUAACACCUUCUUCAGUGAAACUGGUGCUGGGAAGCACGUUCCCCGUGCUGUUUUUGUAGAUCUGGAGCCCACUGUCAUUGACGAAGUCAGGACUGGAACUUACCGCCAGCUCUUCCACCCUGAGCAGCUAAUCAGCGGAAAGGAAGAUGCCGCCAACAACUUUGCCCGUGGCCACUACACCAUUGGCAAAGAGAUUGUUGAUCUUUGCUUGGACCGCAUCCGAAAGCUGGCUGACAACUGCACUGGUCUCCAAGGAUUCCUUGUGUUCAAUGCUGUUGGUGGUGGUACUGGAUCAGGUCUUGGGUCUCUCUUGCUCGAGCGUCUCUCUGUGGACUAUGGCAAGAAAUCCAAGCUUGGAUUCACUGUGUACCCCUCACCACAGGUUUCAACUUCUGUCGUUGAACCCUACAACAGUGUCCUCUCCACUCACUCUCUCCUCGAACACACCGAUGUGGCUGUUCUGCUUGAUAACGAGGCCAUCUAUGACAUCUGCAGACGUUCCCUUGACAUCGAGCGCCCAACCUACACCAACUUGAACCGCUUGGUCUCUCAGGUGAUCUCGUCCCUCACAGCCUCUCUGAGGUUUGAUGGAGCCUUGAACGUGGACGUGACCGAGUUCCAAACCAACCUCGUCCCAUACCCAAGAAUCCACUUCAUGCUUUCCUCAUAUGCCCCAGUCAUCUCAGCCGAGAAAGCCUACCACGAGCAGCUCUCAGUGGCAGAGAUCACCAACAGUGCGUUCGAGCCGUCAUCCAUGAUGGCCAAGUGUGACCCACGCCAUGGAAAAUACAUGGCAUGCUGCCUCAUGUACAGAGGAGAUGUCGUGCCCAAGGACGUGAACGCUGCGGUGGCGACCAUCAAGACAAAGCGAACCAUCCAGUUCGUUGACUGGUGCCCGACCGGGUUCAAGUGCGGAAUCAACUACCAGCCACCGACGGUCGUUCCGGGGGGUGACCUAGCCAAGGUGCAGAGGGCGGUGUGCAUGAUCUCCAAUUCCACAAGCGUGGCGGAGGUCUUCUCUCGAAUCGACCAUAAAUUCGACCUGAUGUACGCGAAGAGGGCAUUUGUACACUGGUACGUGGGUGAAGGAAUGGAGGAAGGUGAAUUUUCGGAGGCGCGUGAGGAUCUGGCCGCCCUCGAGAAGGAUUAUGAGGAAGUCGGUGCUGAGGGUGAUGAUGGUGAGGACGACGAGGGUGAGGAGUACUAAGAGAGAGCUUCUCUCUAAUAUGAAUUUCCCGAAUCUCUGUGUUUGUUUGUUGUGUGGUGUUUUUUUGUUGGUCGCAGCUACUCUUUGAUCUGCGUGUGUGUUGGCUUUGUUCCUCCUGUUCUUAAUAGACUUCUUCAAUGAUAUGACUGUGGUUUCUGCUUCUGUUACAUC